AUGGCCGCUCAUUCGGGCACGCUCUCUCCCCUCGCUGAUUGAGUCCUGCAGAAGACGGACGUAGGAACUAUCCAAUGAGAUCCCGCCGCUCGGGGGAGGGGGCGGGGCCCACGGAGAGGCAAAUUCGCGCGGGUUCGCACUCGGCGCGGUCGGCCAUGGCGGCUUUCCGGGACAUGGAGGAGGUGAGCUACUGGCUGCUGAGCCUGCUGGGGGCCAACCGCGCCGAGGCGCAGCAGCGGCGGCUGCUCGGGCGCUACGAGCAGGUGGUGGAGCGGCUGCUGGAGACGCAGGACGGCGCGGACCAGCGGCUUCGGGAGACCCUGGCUGUGGAGGAGGAAGUGGCCCAAAGCCUUCUUGACUUGAAGGAAUGCACACGCCUGGGAGGCACGGAGCUACAGCAGCUGGAAGUGGAGCUCCAGAAGGCCAGCAAGGAGGAUGCCUGUCUGCAGGCCAGGCUCUGUCAGCUCACCACAGAGCUCCGGGAGCUCCGGGAGAUGGAGGCGGCUCUCCAGCAACAGGAGAGAGAAGUGGAUGAGGACACCACUGUCACCAUCCCUUCCGCAGUUCCACCACGGCCCCACGGUGGCCCUGCCUAUCCACCUGAACAGCGCACAGCUGUCACAGAAGUUUAUCAGCGACUACCUCUGGAGCCUGGUGGACACCGAGUGGUAGCCAGAGCCUCGACCUCACGCCUCGCACAGAAUCGGGUUGAUGGGGCCCAGAGGGGGAUCACUCUAAAUAUAAAGUCUAUAUGUAACUGACUUCAUGUAUUUAUCUACUUGUUUUGAGACAGUGUCUCAUGGAGCCCAGGCUGGCAACUUGUUUU